GUGACAUUGUAUGGUAUGGAGGCUCCUUCCUCGUGGAACAACCAUUGGCUACCUCCCGGAUCUGUCGGUUUCUUAUCCUUCGGAUGGCUACUCCGCGACGAAUAUUUAAUCUCUUGCUCCGCAUAUAUAUCUUAUUAUCUUUAGGAAGCCCGUACUUCCGGGAUUCCCAGGAUUAGGCUCGCCGAUGUCUAUAAGGCUACAUGAUUUUCUCCCUGGACGAUCUCGGUUCUGAGUUCAUCACCAUUCCAUUGGUCAGGAGGGUGCUAUCCCAGUUCCAGAUCAUUGGUAGACUUUAUUUUUACCCAUCUCGUCUUUUUAAACGUUGCGAGCAUGACUAACUUCUCUCACACUCUCGUCGUCGGCUUUACCCACACUUUCGCGCGUCAAUGUCAUUUGUGAACCCGGUACUUGACCCUUCAAAUGUGGCAUUCUACAGCUCAUUUAUUUAUUACCCACAAUGGGGAUAUCACGUAUAUAUAUGACACGCGCGCUGUGUUUUCCCCUAUCCUCGCUGCUCUGGUUGCGUCUUGAUCGCCUGCCUGUCUCUACAUCGCGAUUUAAAAGGGCUUUUCUCGUGCCUUUGUCUAUUCCCCACUUGCCUUCCAUGCAGCAGGCUACCCAUCCCCGUCUUCACCUCCGCGACACGCGCGACGCCCAUAUCAUCUUUGAAGCCGUCAGGCAAGGCUUUCUUAAGCCAGUUACUAGACGUCUUAACGAGGCUGAGAGGUCUAUGUCAGUACGUUCUGGUGCCGUGUUCGUUUGGGAAGAGCGCGACGACGAAUCAGGUCUCAAACGCUGGACUGACGGACGCCUUUGGGGGCAGUCCCGUAUGCGUGAACCAUACUUAUUUUAUGACGAGAAACUUCCCUCCGCACAUGGAGGUGAGGCAUCCACCUCUACACGGUCACUACCCGCUUUCAGAUUUGUCGAUGGCGUGUCCCGCACGAUCCCCUCAUCGUCAGCACUUCUCCAUCAGGAUCGCAGUGGCGGAAAUCAUCCCGGUUUAAUUAAGCAGGCAUAUUCUGCUUGGGUGCAACUUUCACCGACAAGUACACCCCGCAAAUGGCAUCUCACUGCCUAUUUCACAUAUGCUGAUCUUCCGACAAUACCAACUGUCGACAUGGACGCGGUCCUGCGAAACAUCAUCGUUCCACCAGGAAUUUACCAAAGUGGGAAGGCCAGGAAAGGAGAUGAUGGUACCGCGGAGACUUUUGGGCACUCGGCACUGCCACCACUUCAUUCUGCAGUAGGGGGGUACAACAUGGGAGUCAUAUCUAGCUCUUCUCAGCGCGGUCAUCAUCGUAUGUCAGAAGACCAAAGAGUCAUACAGAUACUUAAUUCUAGACAUAUAUCAUAGCAUCCGUCAAUGUCAUUUUCCCUCUUUAACUCCCCUUGUAUUUGAAUAAAUCGUCCCUUCCAAGCGUCUUGUGUGAGAUUCAGCUCUCGGCGGUGUCGGCCGGUGGAAAAGGCGGACCGUCACGGAUUAAACUUUUUAUGCUUGCUGAUGUAACCCUGUUCACGUUUUU